AUGCGCCGCCACCUAAGUAGCAUAUACUUUGCACCCGACGCCUCAAUGCAGCGCCUAAGAACCCUAUAUGAUGAAAUUAACAUCGGCGAAUUGGAAGGACUCGCCGCUAGUGAAAUGGUGGUGCCAACUCCUACCACCCCUGCUGCAUCUACCGUUGCACCCUCGACCGCAGCCAUUACUGUUGCACCUACCGCUGCUAUUAUCGUUGCACCAACUGCUGCCAUUACUGUUGCUUCCUUUACCGCCAACACCGCUGCCAACAUCGCUCCCCCUACGUCCGCUGCCACUGAAGCCAAUACAACCUCCACGUACACCUGGGAAAAUAGCGACAUACAUAACACAGCCGCAAAUUCCGCCGUAACCCCCGCUGCCCUAUCGGCACACACAGUACCCAGCACCAUACCUGCCGCGAUUACCGUUACCACCGCCGCUGUGGAACUAGCUAGGUCAUCAGCCAAUGCCAGUUUUGCCGCUACUUUCCCGAUAAGAAGGACCCGCCUCCAUUGCCACGAACUACCGCUGUAA